GCAACAACCCAGGGUCCUGGGUUCAGGUUUACACGUUUCUCACCUCGUGGCAACGCUGGGGUCCCAGAUGCGAGGCUAGCCAUAUUUCUGCAGCUUCUUUGCUUCCGAGCCUCGAUCUGACUGACGCCUUCAGCCCUUGGCAGGAAACCUACUCUCAAGCCAGAGCAGGGGUUGUGUGCCGAGGGUGAAGCCCCGCCCCAGGGGUCCAUGAUCUUUGCCCCUGCCCUGGGCUCCACGCCUCCAGGAGACUAGGGUGGCAAAGCCUUUUGUGUGUUUUGCUCCGAGGUGCGGAAGACCCCUCUUUCAGCGUUUCGCCGCGGCCCCCGGCCCCUCCUCUCGGCGUUCCCAGCCCCUCUCGCAGCUCCGCGUGCCAGCUCGGGGAUCUCUGGUUCGCUCCCCGCGGCGCCAGGAGGAGGGGCGAGGGCCGGCAGCCCCCUCCCCCGUGCGGCGCGGGAGCCUAGGCGAGCCGGGGACCCAAAGCUACCGGUCAUGUGGGCCGGACUGCUCCUCCGGGCCGCCUGUGUCGCGCUCCUGCUGUUGGGGGCCCUGGCCAGAGGCUACACUGGGAGAAAGACGCCGAGUCACUUCGCGACCGAGAGACGCCGACUGGGCCCCCACGUCUGCCUGUCGGGGUUUGGGAGCGGCUGCUGUCCGGGCUGGGUGCCCUCCAUGGGCGGUGGGCACUGUACCCUGCCCCUCUGCUCCUUUGGCUGUGGGAGUGGCAUCUGCAUUGCUCCCAAUGUCUGCUCCUGCCAAGAUGGAGAGCAAGGAGCCACUUGCCCAGAAGCCCACAGACCCUGUGGGGAGUAUGGCUGUGACCUCAUCUGUAACCAUGGUGGCUGUCAGGAGGUGGCCCGAGUGUGCCCCGUGGGCUUCCUCAUGACAGAGACAGCUGUUGGCAUCAGGUGUACAGACAUUGAUGAAUGCUUGAGCUCUGCCUGCGAGGGCCACUGCGUGAACACCGAGGGUGGCUUUGUGUGCGAGUGUGGGCCAGGUAUGCAGCUGUCUGCCGACCGCCACAGCUGCCAAGACACUGACGAAUGCUUGCGGACACCCUGCCAGCAGAGGUGCAAAAACAGCAUUGGCAGCUACAGGUGCUCCUGCCGCCCUGGCUUCCACCUGCACGGCAACCGGCACUCGUGUGUGGACAUCAACGAAUGCCGAAAGCCGCUGGAGAGACGAGUUUGUCACCAUUCCUGCCACAACACCAUGGGCAGCUUCAUGUGCACCUGCCGCCCUGGCUUCAGGCUGCGCGCUGACCGCGUGUCCUGUGAAGCUUUCCCGAAAGCCAUGCUGGCCCCGUCUGCGAUCGUGCAGCCCCGCCAGCACACAGCCAAGAUGCUCCUGUUGCUUCCGGAGGCGGGCCGGCCUGUCCUGCCCCCUGGACACAGCCCUCCUCCAGGGGCUCCAGGGUACCCUGCUGCUGCAGGCAAGACAACCCGCCCAGCAGCAUCUUCCACCCCUGUGUCCUCCUCUUCUGCCCCUCCAAGGCUGUUUUUCACCCCAACUGCCACCCCAGUGCCAAGUGCCUCCCUGUUGGGAUCCCUUAGACCUCCCUCUUUCCUCCAGGGGGAGGCAGUGGGGACCCUGCCUUCCCCCAGGGGCCCUGAGGCCCCAAGCCUGGCAGCAGGGCGCCCUCCCUGCUGGCACCUGGGAGUUGUGUAUGAAUCAGGGAGCCACUGGACAGAGGCCAGAUGUUCCCAGUGCAGGUGCCAGGAUGGGGAGGUAACCUGUAGCAAGGUGAGAUGUGAAGCUGCUUGUUCCCACCCGAUCCCUCCCAGAGAUGGGGGCUGCUGCCCGCUGUGCACAGGCUGCUUUCACCAUGGUGUCAUCCGUGCUGAAGGGGAUGUCUUCUCACCUCCCAACGAGAACUGCACUGUCUGUGUCUGCCUGGCUGGAAACGUGACCUGCAUCUCUCCUGAGUGUCCUCCCGGCCCCUGCCAGGCCUCCCCACAGUCAGACUGCUGUGCGUGUGUCCCAGGGAGAUGCUACUUCCACGGCCAGUGGUAUGCAGAUGGAGCCGUGUUCAGCGGGGGUGCUGAUGAGUGCACCACCUGUGUCUGCCAGAAUGGGGAGGUGGCAUGUUCCUUCAGGCCUUGUCCAGACCUUGCCUGUCCCCGAGAAGAAUGGUGGCUGGGCCCUGGGCAGUGCUGUUUUACCUGUCGGGAGCCCAGGCCCAUCACAGGCUGCUCUCUUGAUGACAACGGGAUUGAGUUUCCGAUUGGACAGAUCUGGUCGCCUGGUGACCCCUGUGAGUUAUGCAUCUGCCAGGCAGACGGGUCGGUGAAGUGCAAGAGGACAGACUGUGUGGACUCCUGUCCUCACCCAAUCCGGAUCCCCGGACAGUGCUGUCCAGACUGUUCAGCAGGCUGCACCUACACAGGAAGAAUCUUCUACAACAAUGAGACCUUCCCAUCAGUGCUGGACCCCUGUCUCAGCUGCAUCUGCCUGCUGGGCUCAGUGGCCUGUUCACCCAUGGACUGCCCCAUCACCUGUACCUACCCUUUCCACCCUGAUGGGGAGUGCUGCCCAGUGUGUUGGGACUGCAACUACGAGGGCAGGAAGGUGGGGAAUGGCCAGGUGUUCACCUUGGAUGACGAGCCCUGUACCCGGUGCACGUGCCAGCUCGGUGAGGUGAGCUGUGAGAGGAUCCCCUGCCAGUGGGCCUGUGCGGACCCCACCCUACUGUCCGGGGACUGCUGUUCCUCUUGCCCAGAGGUCCUGCUUGCUGCGGAGGAACGACAGGGCCCAGUCCCUCACAGAGACGGAGCCAUGGAUUUGGGUAAAGCCGCUAGGAGUCCCCGGGGAGACGCCACUGCCCCGGUCAACUGCAGCUCCAGCCCGGGUCCGCCCCCGGCCCUGCCGGCCCGAUCCACGCUCCCUCUCCUGCAGCGCCUCCUGGGCACAAACUCGUCCACAGCGCACACCUCACCUGGCCGCCCCUCAGGAGCUCCGGCGUCCACCUCAGCAGCUCUGGGACCCGAGCCCGGGCGCUCCCGGCCCCUUCCGCUCUCCCCAAGGCCUUCGGUGCCUCCAGGCGCCUCCACGCCACCUCCGGCCCCUCCGGGGGCCCCGUGGCCACCUCCUGGCACUCCUGCAGAGGGCCCCGCAGCCUCCUCUGGGAGCCGGACAGUGUCCAGGUGGCCCACCACGCUCCCGACCCAAGUCGCAGCCCUUUCCACGCUGGGCCCCUCGGAGGCCUCCACGCGCCAGGUCCGGCCUCGCAGACUCUCUCCCGCCACCUCCAGACUCGCAGCAGCUCCUCCGGCCUCCGCCCGCCCUCGUGCCCUGUCGCCCCCAGAGAAGACUCCGAGGGCCGAGGACGCCAUCUUGUGAGCAGGGCCUGUGCCCGGGAGAGCCGGGACGGAGGGCCCCGUGCUCGCGGCCCAGGGAGCGCCCCGGCGCCGACUCUGGGGGCCUUGGGGGGACCUUGGCAGGUGCUCACCCCUGGAAGCAACACGGCUGUGGCCAGACGGCUGGACAGAAGUCUCCCCUGGGGACGUUUGCCCAGCUGUGCAACUCAACAAAUGUGGACUCCAGGGCCGCAGAGGAGGAGGUGUGCGCUGGGGGCUGGGGCUCCCCUGGGACUUUGCCACCCAGUGUCUCCUGAAAGUUCCCGAUUAAAGGUGGUGUCACUUUC